AUGGUCAAAAAAGUAAUAGACUCUCGCAUUCACACUCUCGUCAAGAACGGGGUUCAGAACAAGCAUAGAACAUUCUUCGUUAUCGUUGGUGAUAAGGGCAGGGAUCAGAUAGUGAACUUGCAUUGGUUGCUUUCUCAAGCAAAAGUUGCAGCACGGCCUUCAGUAUUAUGGUGUUAUAAGAAGGAAUUAGGUUUUAGCAGGCAAGUCAUUCGCUCGAUCUUUCACCGCAAGAAACGUGAGGCUAAAAUUCGAAGAGAGAUCAAGCGUGGAGUUCGUGAGGCAAAUGAAGAAGAUCCGUUCGAGCUUUUCAUAACAGUCACGAAUAUACGAUAUACAUACUACAAGGAGACCGACAAGAUCCUUGGUAACACGUACGGAAUGUGCGUGCUUCAGGAUUUUGAAGCCUUGACACCAAACUUGCUAGCUCGUACUAUUGAGACAGUGGAAGGUGGUGGAAUUGUAGUUUUAUUGCUAAAGACGAUGAAAUCAUUAAAGCAGUUGUACACAUUGACAAUGGAUGUUCAUGCCCGAUACCGCACCGAGUCACACAACGAUGUCAUCGCUCGAUUCAACGAACGCUUUAUUUUGUCAGUAGGAGCUUGCGAGAACUGCUUAGUGGUUGACGAUGAAUUAAAUGUACUACCAAUAUCAGCUGGCAAGAAUGUCAAGCCUCUUCCUCCAAAACCGCCGGAGGAGAGCUUGACGGAAUCUCAACUUGAACUUCGAGAUCUCAAGGCUUCUCUUGCUGAUACACAACCUGCUGGAGCUCUGGUUGGAGCAGCUCGUACUCUCGAUCAAGCAAGAGCGAUUCUAACAUUCAUUGAGGCCAUAUCUGAGAAAACUCUUCGUACGACUGUGAGUCUUACUGCUGCGCGUGGACGUGGCAAAUCGGCAGGGCUGGGUAUUGCUAUUGCGUCCGCCGUGGCAUUUGGAUAUUCUAACAUCUUUGUGACUUCUCCAAGUCCUGAAAAUUUAAAAACUUUAUUCGAGUUUGUGUUCAAAGGGUUUGAUGCUUUAAAAUAUGAGGAGCAUUUAGAUUAUGAUAUUGUACAGUCUACAAACCCAGACUUUAAUAAAGCAAUUGUGAGAGUGAAUAUUUUUAGACAGCAUAGACAGACUAUUCAAUAUAUUCGACCACAAGAUGCGCAUAUGCUUAGUCAAGCGGAACUGGUUGUUAUCGACGAGGCUGCUGCUAUUCCUUUACCACUUGUGAAGAAUUUAUUGGGUCCAUAUCUCGUCUUUCUGGCAUCGACUAUUAAUGGGUAUGAAGGUACCGGACGAUCGCUUUCUCUCAAGUUGAUACAGAAUUUACGCGAACAAUCGCGAGGGUUCGUUGGAAAAGAAGGCGGAGCUAAGAACCUAGACGAUGUCAUAGUUGUUAAUCGUAGCGGGAAAGGAAAGAAUACUUCGUCCACGACUUUAAACGGAACCACAACGGGUGGGCGAGUACUCCGCGAAAUCAAACUGGAUGAACCCAUUCGUUAUGGCGUCAACGAUCCGAUUGAAAAAUGGCUAAAUAAACUGUUGUGUUUAGAUGCAAACGUUGUAUCAAAAAACAUAGAAGGAUGCCCACAUCCUGAUCAGUGCGAGCUAUAUUAUGUCAACCGCGACACUUUAUUCUCUUUUCACCCCGUUUCCGAGACAUUUUUGCAGCGGAUGAUAGGGUUGUACGUAGCAAGCCAUUAUAAGAACUCCCCAAACGAUUUGCAGCUGAUGUCGGACGCACCAGCGCAUCAUUUGUUUGUGUUGCUGCCGCCUAUACGUGAUGGAGAUAAUUCAUUGCCUGACCCUCUCUGCGUCGUUCAGGUUUGUUUAGAAGGUGAGAUUUCGAAGGAAGUAGUUCUUAAAAGUUUAAGUCGAGGUCAGCGCGCAAGCGGGGAUCUUAUACCGUGGAUUAUAUCCCAGCAGUACCAAGAUGAUGAUUUCGCUAGUCUAUCCGGAGCACGAAUAGUAAGAAUUGCAACUCAUCCUGAUUAUAUCAAGAUGGGGUAUGGAUCACGAUGUUUGGAGUUAUUAUGUGCAUUUUAUCAAGGUGAAUUUGCUGCUUUAAACGAGAAUGACGAAUACGUGGAUGAAAGUAUUGUUCGAGUAAACGAUGAUGAACUAGAGAAUGCAGAUCUGCGCUCGGACGAAAUUAAAAUUAGAGAUCCUCAAAAGAUGCCACCACUUCUUCUCAAGCUCUCAGAAAAACGGCCUGAUAGACUACACUACAUUGGUGUCUCGUAUGGUCUAACUCCCGCAUUGCACAAAUUCUGGAAACGUGCGGACUUUGUUCCGCUUUAUCUUCGUCAGACUCCUAACGAUCUUACAGGAGAACACACUUGCGUCAUGUUAAAGGCCUUGAAGUCAGACGAUUUGGUCACAUCUUGCGAUCCCAACUGGCUUUCAGCAUUUGCAAGAGACUUUCACAGGCGUAUCUUGAAUUUACUUUCGUAUCAAUUCAGUACCUACCCCACAGUUCUUGCACUUAGCAUAAUGGAGGCUACCAACAAAGUGAUAAGAGAUGGUGAUCGAUCGAGAGUCUUAAACAAGAACGAGCUGGACAGUCUUUAUUCGUCAUAUGACUUGAAACGUCUUGAUCGUUAUGCGAAGAAUUUAUUAGAUUAUCAUGUGAUUAUCGACUUGAUUCCGAAUAUUGCGUUCUUGUACUUUGAAGGACGUUUUGGUGAAAGCGUAAAACUAUCUGGCAUACAGAGCUCUCUACUUGCGGGAAUUGGGCUGCAAAAAAAGACGAUUGACAAAUUAGAGGAGGAACUUGCAUUGCCAGCCAGCCAGCUAUUGGCCCUGUUUACGAAAAUGAUCAGAAAGGUUUCGACAUUCUUUACUGACGCAGAAAAGGCCGCAGUAGAGGCCGAUAUUCCCCACGAACAGACAAAGGUAAAAAAAAAAGUUGCACUGCCAACGGAACCAAACUCGACGCCUAAAAUUGUAAAUUACAGUGACGAUUGGGAGCCGUAUGGACAGUCUUUGGAGGAUGACCUUGAGGAAGCUGGAAACGAGGCCAUGAGCGAAGUACGUGAAAAACAAAGAGAACUCUUAAGUUCGUUAGAUUUGUCAAAGUACGCAAUUGACGAGUCAGUUGAAGGCUGGGAAACAGCAGAAUUGCAGAUUGCAGCAGCUUCAUCAGGAAAAAAGUCUAACGCUUCGACCGUAGUUAGUGUCAAGAGUAAAGAUUCAACAAAGAAGCGAAAGACGAACGAAACAGCCGCCGACAUAGUCGCGAAGGAGGCGAAAGGUGCUAGUAAUCAGAAGAAAGCUAAAAAGAAGCAUAAGAAAGCAUGA